ACCCACCAGAUCGGACUGUAUAUUAAGGAUGAAACCUUGUUCCGCUCUCACAAACCAGGACAACACUUCUCAGCUCACCAGUACAACAGGAUCACCGAGAAGAACCUUCAAGAUGAAGACGUCCGUGGCAGCCCUACUUCUUGCCCUGAUUGUUGCAGUUUCCCUGUCGCCCCCCGUUGAGAGCCGUGUGGUCCCAGGGUUUGAAGGGGGUUUCCGGAGAUGUGACUGGCACUGUAUACACCUGUAUGACCCCGUGUGCGGCAGUGACGGUCAACAAUACAGUAACAGCUGCUUCCUGGGAAUUGCACAGUGCAUGGACCCCUCCUUAGAACGGGCUGACGAUCAUGUGUGCGGACUGGACGGCGCUCUCAUGUAAACAGAACUGACGGGGCUGCUCAGGAACUACCGCUGACCUACAUUUGCAAUAUCCAAGCAGACGAUGGGAUGGAAAGUCAUCGCCACUGUUUUUUUCUGUAUAUGGCAACAGCGUUUCCUUCGACAAUCAAGAAGAUGACGUGCCGCUCUUGAACUGUCGUUUACGAUAACUAUACCCAUAUGAUAUAUUAGCUGUUUUCCCAAAGUUGGGCGCAUGCAAACGUUAUGGAUAAGAACUUGAAUGUCCGUAUUUACCCAGCUCAUGUAAGGAUUAUAUGACAACGUACAAGUCAUGCACUUGAACUUUCAACGAAGUUUACAAUAAUAUUGUACCAAAAUAAAUCUUUUGCCAUCGUGACGAUAUUUACACGUCGUUCCACAACUGUCAUUCUACUGAUUUUUUUAGCUUCGUCUGUUUUAUGCGACUGCGAUGAACAUAACUUUCUGUCAUAUACUAGAAACAAGUUGUAACCACAAAGCCUAUUAUACGACAUUUUCGUACAUAUGAAAAUAAAGCCUUUCAUAUAAA